GUUUGGAAAAAUAACUGUUUGAAUGAGACGUGACUUGUGUACUGGCAGUGGAAUAGACAAGCCCUUGUCGUCAUCAGGAGGCGUCAGAGAGAGGGAUCUGUUGUGGGGCUGAAUGUUCAGGCGUUUGAGUCGCCGGUGGUAACAGACGGGAUGCCCAAGAAGUUCCAGGGAGAAAACAGCAAGUCAGCGGCUGCCAGGGCACGGAAAGCAGAGCUCAAGGCAGCAGCUGACGCAAAGCUGCAGCGGGAGCUCGAAGAUGCCUACUGGAAGGACGAUGACAAGCAUGUAAUGAGGAAGGAGCAGAGAAAGGUUGAAAAAGAGAGGAAACGUAUGGAAGUUCUGGAGCGGAAGAAAGAAAUCCAACGGCUCCUGGACGAAGAGGGAAGCAGUGUGAAACCAAAAGCCAGCAAGUCGCCAACACCGGCCAAGAUAACCCGAGCUCAGAUUGAGGCAACCGUUAAAAAGGAGAAUGUUCGGCAAGCUACAGAGGAAGUCAAAGAGAAACAGAUGAGCCACCUGGAGGUGCCGUUGGAGGAAAAUGUUAACCGCAUUAUACCCAAUGAGGAUGACGUUGAUGCCAGGACCAUUGAAGAUGCCAUUGCUGCCCUGAGCACCACCGAGCCUGUGGACCACCACCCGGAACGACGGUUGCGGGCUGCCUACACUGCCUUUGAGGAUGCCAACAUGCCACGGUUGAAGAAAGAGAAUCCCAACAUGCGCUUGUCUCAGCUCAAGCAGAUGCUGAAGAAAGAGUGGAUGAAAUCGCCGGACAAUCCCAUGAACCAGCUGCAUGCGGCCUACAACACCAAGAAUGAGCGAGCAACUCCAAGAGGAAACCGCCUUGCCUGAGUUUCAGAGUCAUUGUGAACUUUGACCCCGUAGCGUGAAUGUGAUUUCAAUUUGGCAUCCCCAUUUAAUAACCUAAACAGCAUAAAAUAAAACAAAAUGACUUGCCCCAUGCCAGAAAAUGUGGAGUGUCGCACAGUGGACAAUUUAUCUCUAUCCUAUCAAUUUUCCAGUCAGAAAUCCGCUCCUGUGAGGUGUUGAGCAGUACUGGCAGCAGCUGUUCCUCCCAACCCUCCAUCCCACUCCGAUCAAUGUCAGCCCCUAUGCUGCGGCACGACUUCCCUUGGCAAGUUAUUGAACUCAUCACUGAGAGCUUGGAUGAAGUGUAAGGGAGGGUGAUUUUGAUUGAUGUGUAAGUUAGAAGGUUGAGUGAUCUAAUCUAUAUCAGGGUUUCCAUGAUCAGGAAUGUUCCUUUAUUUAUUUCUCUGUUUAAAGAUAAACUGGGAAAAUCCUGAAAGGAGACAUGGAGUGUUGUAGGAGGAGAAAACUCGGUCACUGUAAGAUCGCUAUUCGGCAUCAGCACCUCAUCGGGUUGGGAGCUGCAGGAAUCAGUACAAUCUGGAGCUGUUGGGGUUGUUUUGUGUCAGGAAUCUAUGGAGCCGGGUGUUGGUUUGCAAUGGUAUAUUAAUGAAGGUCAAAGGCCAGGGAGUUACGAUAAGGAGAGAUCAGGGAUGAGAAGGGAAGGAGGUGAUUGCUCAUAGCAACCCUAACCUUUUUUAAUUUUAAUAUUUGGUUUUAUUUGAAGUGUUUGGUCAAGUGUGCCGUCAGUUCUGAGCUUUGGGUGAGAAAGAAGCAAUGGAAUCUCGUGCUGAAGCUUCAGUGAGCUCUUUGAAUGAAUUUUGAAUGAAGCAUUAGCAAUUCCUUCAUGGGUAUUGAGGCUCCCAUCCCUGUUUCUUGCUCAAAAGGAGAAGGAAAUCAGUAUGUUUAGUGGGAAUUGAAGUCUUCCAUUGUAGGUUGUGUUUGAAGAAAUACUGGGUAAUGUGAGUGAGGAUUUUUACUUCUGAUAUUUUCACAUUGCUAAGAACUUAGCAGCAAGCCACAACAGUCUGCCGUCAAGAGGGUGGCAGUGAAUGGCCUCUUCCUCCUCAUCUUGAUUCUACACACUCUCGAUCUAAUCUAUGUCUGACAGUACAAGUGGUCAAAUCUGUUCAGACUGCUGUCCUUUGUACCCAUUUCACUGCUGCCUGUGGGCCACUCCUUCCACACGGUUUUACUGUACAGUUUUGGAAAUCAGAGACUUCGAUCAGCAACCACCUGCCGACCAAUUGGAUUUUUCUCUCCUAUUUUAAUCCCCAAAGAUGCCAGAACUUGUGAUGCUGAGUUAAACUUUUGUUAAAAGAAAAAGUGAUUGAGUUGUGGCAUCAUGAAACCAUGCUCUUUCCUACAGCUGUUGGUGAGUAACCAGCUCACAACUUCACCAGUCUUGCUAAAAUCUGAAAUGGAACCCAUUUGGGAAGAAAGUGGUAAAUGAAUUUUUCCACAUCAUGAGAUAUCCCUGAACAUUGCAGGAGGAAGGAUAUUGCAGAGUUUGGAGAAAGUGUAAUAUGAAUGGGUUCCUCAGUUAAAUUAAAUACUAAAUGAAACCAUUUGACCUUUGUGUGUGAUUGGGCUAUAUUGUAAGAUUUCAAAUAAAGAAACACUUAAUAUCAAACUCAAACAAAAUUUGA